GAAGUUGGACCCGUUUUUUCACUUCGUUUAUGUCACAUUUUCUCCUGCCUGAAAUUAGACAUACAGCGCCCACGAUGCCACUGAGGCCUUCAUUGAUUUCGCGAAGAAUCUCCACUCGAUCGCGCACUCUAUCCACAGCAUCAGAAGAAUUCAAGCUUGCACAAACUUGUGCGCGGAGAUCGCAGGACGAUUGUUGUGUCGUCAACCACGGGAAUGGAGACGCGUCGGAAAAUGGAGUCGUUGAGGAAUCGGACGGCGGAGACGCCUCGUCGACUGGAGGUUCGUGGUCGAACAUGCUUCCGGAGCUGCUUGGAGAGAUAAUUCGGCGAUUGGAGGCAAGCGAGGAUCGUUGGCCUUUCCGCCAAAACGUCGUCGCUUGUGGCUGUGUGUGCAAGCGAUGGAGAGAGGUCACUCUUGAAGCAGUUAAAUGUUCUCUCAAUGUAGGAAAGAUUACCUUUCCUUCAUGCCUUAAACAGCCAGGACCUCGUGACUCUCCUCUUCAAUGUUUUAUUAGGCGUGACAAGAAGAACUCAAUGUUUUAUCUAUAUCUUGGUCUUGCACCAUCAUUCAUGGAUACGGGGAAAUUUCUCCUAGCAGCACGAAGAUGUAGAAAUGGCACUCAGAUCGAAUACAUAGUGUCUCUUGAUGCUGAUGAUCUAUCACAGAGAAGUAAAGCUUAUGUCGGGAAAUUGAGGUCGGACUUUUUAGGAACCAAUUUCACCAUAUAUGACAGCCAACCUCCAAACAGCAGGUCAAAGCCAUCAAGCAGUAGAUCUUGCCGUCGUUUUGCAAGCAAACAGAUAAGUCCCCAAGUUCCAGCUGGAAAUUUUGAGGUUGGACAUGUUUCCUAUAAGUUUAACCUCUUGAAGUCAAGGGGACCAAGAAGGAUGGUAUGCUCACUUAAGUGCCCAUCCUUCGCAGAAACUACAAAAGACCAAUUUCAGGAUGAAGCAAAGAUGAAAAAUCUUGACUCUGCUGCUACACUAUGCACAGUUCUGAGAAACAAAGCUCCCAGGUGGCAUGAACAGUUACAAUGUUGGUGCUUGAAUUUUCAUGGUAGGGUGACAGUAGCUUCUGUGAAAAAUUUUCAACUAGUCGCAACAUUGGACCAGAGUCAACCUGGAGGAAAAGGUGAUGAGGAAACUGUUAUUCUCCAGUUUGGGAAGGUGGGAGAAGAUAUGUUUACAAUGGAUUACAGGAAGCCUUUGUCAGCUUUCCAAGCAUUCGCAAUUUGCCUCACCAGUUUCGGAACAAAAUUGGCCUGUGAGUAGUUUCCAUUGUGUGUGUGCGUGUUUUUUUUUUUUUUUGGGUAUAAGUACAUUUCUAUUGCUAUUUAUAUGCUAAUUUCUAGGUUUAUAUGCUUCACCUAGAAGCUGUAUAAAUGAUUGUGAAACAUGUCUGUAAAUGAUGGAAGACCUAUAAUUAAAUGGGUGAAUUGGUGACUUUGUACAUGUAGUUUAUGAAGUCAUUGGAUGA